CUACAGGCAGCCUACGCUAAAUGUCACCCACUAGCCCCUGCAGAACCGUUGGCGGUGGCAGAGACCAGCAGCUGAAAACGCCCCUAAUUUCCAGAACCUCGGGAUGAUUUCACACAGCCCAACGCCAUGAAGGCAACAAAGAGCAGCUGAUUCUGCCUUCAUGACAGCCACGAAACCUUGAGAUGUCUUCAAAUACCUACCCCUCCCCCCACCUGAGGUUGAGUCGAUCAUCACUCAACACUUCACAAAAUGCCUCGGGUCGUGCUACCAGAUGUUGCUGCGUUGAAUGAAAGCCUUCUCAAUCCUCUUCCGUCGUACUCAGCUACCGACAAUGACGACCUUCUAAACCGCAUCGAAGCCGCUGAAAGCGUCGAAUUUCCUAUCCUCCACUCCCCCGCCAGUCGUGCGACGAACCUCCAACGCCUUACCGCUGAUGCAGAUUGGGCAUCUUACCAUGAAGCAUACCGACUCGAAUCCGACAUCGUGAAUGCCUUCUUCUCUGCCAUCGAGAACGGACACGAUGAUAUCGUCGCCAAUUUUAUAGCCCGUGGAUGGGUGUCGCCCGAUACUACAAGUCGAUGGGGCGAAACACCAUUGAACGCAGCCGUGCGCGCUGGCAAGGUUCCCAUGGUGAGCCGCCUCGUUGCUCUUGGUGCUAGCGUCAAUGAGUUUGGUCGUGCAAGAAAUGAUGAAAGCACUGUCAAGGCUGAGGACUUGCCUGAGCGUACGCCGUUGAUGGUCGCUGCUGAGCGCGGGCACCUGGCAUUAGUCAAAGUCCUAAUCGAAGACUACGGCGCGAAACACGACCUCAUUGCGCCCGAUGGAGCGAUCGCUCUUCGUCUAGCUGCUGCCAAUCGCCAUCGUGAAAUCGUGCAUUAUCUGCCUUCCAUUCGCGGCGGCGCGUGGAAGCGAUGGGCGGUUGUACACAAAAAGCAAAUGGACCGAGCGCGACGAGCUGUCGAUAGAAUCGUCAAGUUCAUCAGAAUCCUCAUUUGGGAUCUCCCCAAGCUUUUGGUCUGGGAUGCGCCGAAGGAGAUAUUUCGCGCUGCGUGGAAGGUUCGCCAUCGAGUGAAGACCUUCUUCAAGGAGUUGCCCGGAAAGCUCAAAGACGCGAUUAUCGAGAUACCCGGAACCCUAAAACGCGCUGGAAAGGAGGUUUGGAAGGGCAUUAAGGAGCUUCCGUCGCUUCUGAAGAGCUUGGUCAAGGCAAUUUUCAAGGUAUUUUGGAAGGUCCUAACAGGGAUACCCGGUGCUGUAAUGUUUGUUCUCAGAUGGAUCGGCAGUGGAUUGAAGGGCAUCGGUGAAGCCAUCCUCAACAUCUUCGUCAAGCUGUUCUCACUUCUACAUACAGCAGUCAUGGCAGUCGUGACUUUCCUACGCAGGAUUACUCUGCGGGAUGUCUGGAAUGGCUUCUGCCAUCUUGUACGUGCCAUCUUUGUGGAUGCACCCAAGGCAGUUGUCGCGUUUGUGGUGGCCUUUGGCAGGACGAGUUACGAUGUGCUCGAAGCAACCUGUGGUACUCUGGGUUCGUGUCUUUGGUGCAUUGGUGUGGGUAUUCUCUGGUUGAUCCAGUAUAUUCCGCAUCGGAUAUGGACCAUGAUUGAAGCAUUGGGGGCAUCUUUGGUCAAGGCCUGGGAGGAGAUUCUGGUGUUUGUUGAUCCUAAGCGAAUGUGAUCCGGUAGUUAUACGGUCAAGAUUGCAAUUGAAGAAUACCCAUGGAACACUACUGAACUAAGCGAUGAUCAACUGCCAACGUUUUGGAGAUAAAUGAUGCAAUGAACUCCCCUUGGCGCCAUGAUGAUGAUCCCAAGACUGAUGACCCUGGAUUUGGGCGGCGCCACAAGUCCCUCCAGGGCAAAGACACCACUAAACCGUCGAGCUGGCCCGAUACCUCCAGCUUCAACGUUAGCG